GAUCGCAAUGGCGGCGUGGCUGGAAGGUUUUGUGUUAUCGGAUGGUUAGAUGUCGAUCUGGCGGUGCCGAGCGCAUUAGUCUCCUUGUUUACAGCACAGCACGUUUCACGCGGUGGAACUGACUUUUUCCCUGCCCCAGUCAUGUACGGUUUCCUGAUAGUGGCACUGCUGGAUUUAACCCUCGACGCGGUCGGAAGUGUCUCGCAGUCGGAGAUCGCCAAACAUCUGGAGUACGGCAGGGAGUUCCUCGUAAAGGGCCAGCUGCAGGAUGCGCUGUCGCACUACCACGCAGCCGUCGAGGGUGACCCGAGCAAUUACCUGACCUACUACAAGAGAGGCACGGUUUAUUUAGCGCUGGGCAAAGCCAAGUUCGCCCUCCUCGAUCUCGACAAGGUUCUGGAGCUGAAGGCGGAUUUCACGCCGGCGAAACUGCAGCGCGGUAACAUUUUACUCAAGCAGGCCCACUUCGACGAGGCUGAAAACGACUUUCGCGACGUGCUAGCGUUAGAACAAAAUGAGGAUGCCUUGAAUGCCUUAGAUAGGUUAUACCCAGCUAGAGAAGAUAUGAAAUUAGUCGAUAUAUUUGUGUAUAACGGCGAUCACGUAGCAGCUGUGCAACAGAUUACUCGGCUCAUCGAGAUCUGCCCGUGGUCCUCUUAUUUGAGAGAACGCAGGGCGGAGAGCCAUAUCGCCCUCGGGGAUCACAUGAGCGCCAUAUCCGACAUACGUUCGACUACAAAAUUGUUGUCCGAUAACACGGAGGGUUUCUUCAAGCUCUCGACGUUGCUCUACCGGCUCGGGGACGUUGACGAGGCAUUAAAGGAGAUUCGAGAGUGUUUGAAGCUCGAUCCAGACCAUAAGCAGUGUUUCCCGUUUUACAAGAAGAUUAGAAAGAUAAAGAAGCUGCUGCAAGACACGGAGACGGCGCUGGAGGACAAGGAUUAUGAUGCUUGCAUCGAUUCGGCCCGUCGCGUGUUGACGCACGAGCAGAACGAGGUGAAGGUGCAGUUCACGGCUCACCAUUACCUUUGUCGAUGUUACACGGAAAGUUCUGAUACGACUGAGGCGAUCAAAAAUUGCCAAGCGGCGUUAAAUAUCAGGAGAGAACCGAGUGUGUUGUGUGACAGUGCAGAGGCGUAUCUCGCCGGGGAAAUGUUCGACGAUGCUAUUAGAGAUUUCAAGGAGGCAUUAGAGAUAGAUUCAAACUUCCAAAGAGCCAAGCAGGGAUUGCAAAAGGCGCAACAACGGCAAAAGAUGUCGGAGUCCCGAGACUACUACAAGAUCCUGGGUGUCCCAAGAACAGCGAAUAAGCGGGAUAUCAUCAAGGCUUAUCGGAAAGCGGCGCAAAAAUGGCAUCCCGACAAUUUUCACGAGGGCGACGAGAAGAAGCGCGCGCAGAAGAAGUUCAUCGACAUCGCCGCCGCCAAGGAGGUCCUAACGGACGACGAGAAGAGGGCGAAAUUCGAUCAGGGCGAGGACCCUCUCGACCCGGAAUCGGGCCGGCACCAGCAGGGUUUCAAUCCCUUCCAAGAGUUCCACCACUUCCACGGGUCUCCCUUCCAGUUUAAGUUCCACUUCAAUUAAACGUCGCGUCGCAAGUUUCGUCAGUGAUAGAGAAAUUACCAUUCUCGAAUCUUAACGCGCGCGCCCGUCGCUUCGUCCGCGACGGGUAUCUUCGCUUCGCCCUUAGCCCGAAUUUCAUUUCGCUACCUCGUCUCGGUGGAGAUCGCAUGUGUUUAAUCCGUUAGACGGACUUGGGAGAUUCUGUGCACACGAAUUGUGUCGACGUGUCGAUGAACAGAUCAGUGACCGUCCCGCGAUAUCGGGUAACGCAACUGUCUCGGCGCGUAUCUAAUAUACGAUGCGAAGGUAGAUUUAAUCGACCGCACUAGUUCGUCUACUGCAAGAAAACUUAUGAUACAGUACUCUCUAGUACAUGCAGACUGAGCGAUGAGUAUAAUCCAUUUCGGCUCACACAUAGACGUUUGUCGCAUGUAAUUUUAUCAUCGCAUUCUGUACACUACUUGUAAAGUCGUGAUUAUUUCCCACGUAUUGCGGUAUUGCGGUACGGAGGGGAUGUACAGUGAUUAUCACACUGCCACUGAUUGCUUCAGCGGCUGUUCAUUUUAGCUUGAGAAUGUGCGACAACUAGAACAAGUCCGUGAGACGUUAUGCCUUUAUCGAGUACGAUACGCUGAGCCGAUAUAUUUAUAUCAUUACUAUUUACAGUAUUCGUACUCGGUAAUGUUCAAAUGAUGUGUAGAACAAUGCUGUGCGCUUGUCAUGUUUGCAUGUGUGUGAGUCAGACCUUCAUGUAAAUAUACUGUAUUUCUGAUAUUUGUUUAAAAAUAUAUUUGAAUAAUUUAUACAGA